CGAAAAUUUUAUGCACAGGUCAGAGGCUCGGCUAUGGGAAACCCGGCUUCACCGAUUUUAGCUGAAUUAAUUAUGAACAAUCUCAUCAAGUUUGUUCUGUUGUCAUUGGACUUUUUUAUACCUUUUAUCUUUGUCUAUGUUGAUGACAUAAUCAUGGCGGUCCCUCGUGAUAAAAUAGAAAUUGUUUUGAGAAUUUUUAACAGCUUUCAUUGUGACCUACAAUUCACACAUGAAAUUGAAGAAAAUGGUAGAAUUCCGUUUUUGGAUGUCUGGAUCAUAAGAGAGGGCGGACACUUGAAGACCGAUUUAUACUCUAAGCCUAUUGCUUCUCACAGAACAUUACAUUUCAGUUCGUUACAUACCACAUCCCAAAAAAUUGCAAUAAUCAAAUCCAUAAGACAUAAGAUCCUCGGUAUGUCUCACGAGUCAUUCCAUACAAAAAAUUUUAUAGAGCAAGCAACUUUACUCAUUCAGAAUGGGUACCCGAGAAGCCUUGUUAGUAGAAUUUUUCACACUUCUACUCCUAUGGUGACUCCUAGUUCUCCACCUGACUCGGAUGGUGCUGAUAAAAAGUACAAUAAACUUAUUUAUAUACCGGGAUUAAGCCAGAGGUUGAUAAAAGUUAUGAGGAAUUCGUCAUCAAUUAUCGUCUCAUAUUAUAAUAAGACCGUCAGAAAACUAUUUUCCCAACUUAAGGACAGGGAUCCGGAUUACAGGCAAUCGGGUUUGGUUUACAGAGUCAAUUGUAAAGAUUGUACAGGUACAUAUAUCGGACAAACUAGACAGUAUUUUGGUACCAGGAUUAAACAACAUCAAUCAGAUUGCAUGAAACAAUCCAACACAACUGCGCUUGCACAGCAUGCCAUGUCUGAGGGACAUCAGUUUGAUUUUGAUGACGCGAAAAUUCUGACCAGGGAGAACAAUUGGUUCAAACGUAAUUUCAAAGAGAUGCUCUUCAUCAAGAGACACCCGAAUUCAAUCAAUGCGCGGUCUGAUAUAGGUUCACUGAACAUCGUAUAUUCGAACCUGAUUAAAGAAAUAAAAUUAUAAUCUUCAUGACAUAUCACUUUCCAUCUGGUGCAGUUCUGUGUUACAUUCGAAUGGAUGAACCUGCGACCGAUACGUCAGAGAGUUUGUUUGGAUCCCCGAGAUGAAAGAAAAUUGUUAUUUUUAUUUUUUCCACGAAUUUGAAUUUCUUCAAAUGAUUCACAUCGUAAUUUCUUAUUCACAAGCCUGAGGAAGGGAAUAAAUUUCCCGAAACGUUGCUGCUGAAUAAAUUAUACAUAAAUAGUUCCUUGUGACUGAUACCUUCACCUAUUCUAUUGAUAUUAGGAACGAUAAGUGCUUUUAUUGUUAACA